UAAAGAGUUACAAUGCAAACUUCAGAUGGCAAAGAAGUUGGCAAAAUUCCAUCACAAAAAGUUUAGAGAGUUGCUCAAAAAGAACAAACAGCUGAUGAAAGAGAAAGAAAAAGAAGCUAUGGAUGAGAAGAAUAAUGAAGAAUCUUAUUAUCCUACUAUUUCUGAGAUGAAGGAAGACCCUGACCUUAAGCUGGUGUGUGAGAAAUACAAUCUUCUGGAUAUUUUUGGAGAUGGGCGCUAUAGUCAGGUUAUGCGUGCUAACCGAAAGUCAGAUGAUGUUGCAGUUGCCAUUAAAAUGAUUGCACUGCUUCCAGACAGCAUGUGGUUAGAAGUGCAAAACGAAGAAAAGCAAGUUCCCUAUGAGGUGGGCCUCCUGCUGCAGGUUUGUGCUGAACCAAAGUGCCCAAAUAUUGUUCACAUGUUGGAUUACAUCAUAACAACCUCAUUCAGCUUCAUUAUAAUGGAACGACCAGAGUCUUACAUUAACUUGAGUGACUUCAUGAGUGAUGAAAUGGGACCCAUGAAAGAAGAACAAGUACGAGGUGUCAUCCGUCAGGUUGUGGAGGCAGUUCUGCACUGCCAUUCUCGGGGGGUAUUUCACAAUGACAUUAGGCCAGGAAACAUCCUUUAUGAGCCUGUAACUGGCCAGAUAAAACUGAUCGAUUUUGACUCUGGGGAUGUGCUACAGGAGAACAUGCAUUAUACAUUUCCUCCUGGUAAGUUAUAGAGUGUCUUUAAGCAGAUGUGUUUGGCCAUGGCUGCUUGGAGACACAUCUGCACUGAUUAUCUUUAUAACUCUAGGGGCACCAGAAUGUUAUCCCCCAGAGUGGAAAUUCUACAAGAAGUACAAAGCAGAACCAGCCACUGUGUGGUCACUGGGUAAAAUGAUGUUUCAGAUGUUAUCUGGGAUUAUAGAAUUUGACGAUGAAAAGGAAUCUAUCAUGAAUAGAUUGAACUCUAUAUCCCCAGUCUCCAAAGGUCAGAGUCCCAUAAAUAAGCAUUUAAAGAACAUUUUUACUACCACAAAAUUUGUCAAUCACUGCUUUUUUCUUCUUUGAGCAGAAGGCAUGGAUCUAAUUUUGAAAUGUCUCAGCAUACAUCCCAAAGAUCGCCCCUUUCUUAAGGACAUCCAGAUGCACUCCUGGCUCCAAGAGCCAGACAAGGCCAUUAAUUACUCAUAUUAUGUGUAAGAGUUGGUAUGUAUGUGCAGAACAAUGGAAUCGACGAGUGCUAAUGCAGAUAUGCAGGUGGGUUCCAACACUAGCUAUUCUUGGAGAUUAAUAGAAAAAUGAGUUCAUCACCCUUUUAAAGACCAUUGUAUGUGGGCAAAUGUAUUUUUAAAGUUAGGUAAGAAUUUUCAAAUUUCAGUUAUACAAAUAGAUACAAGAUGGAGGCAGAUAACACCACAUCGGUGUGGAGAAUCCAAAUAUAAUCUACGUUUAACUCAGUAUGCCACCUUAUUCACUGUUGUCCCGUUCAGGAGGUACUCGGUUAAAGAA